AUACUCAUGUUGCACUGUUGCGAGUUUCCUACCCUAUGUAGUGAACUCGUACAAGAAGGAAGGAUCUUAUUUGGUAUUCGGCGCUUUCUACUCUCCGGUAACUCGGAAUAAAACAACGCAUUUGGGAAUGAAGUCUCCAUGGACCCUGGUCUUUCUCAGCCCGUUGCUGUGCGUUCCUACGGCUUGGGCUGUUUCGAAGCCUAAUUUUAUCUUAAUGAUGGUGGAUGAUCUGGGAAUAGGAGACCUUGGAUGCUAUGGAAACACAACUCUGAAGACCCCUCACAUCGACAAGCUGGCAGAGGAUGGAGUGAAGCUGACCCAGCACAUUGCCGCCUCUCCUCUGUGCACACCCAGCAGAGCUGCCUUCCUCACCGGCAGAUACCCCAUACGAUCAGGAAUGGCCAGUCACGGUCUUAUUGGUGUGUAUAUAAUAUCUGCAGUGUCUGGAGGCCUUCCCAGAGAGGAGAUCACAUUUGCCAAGAUCCUGAAGGAGCAGGGCUAUGCAACAGCUCUGAUUGGAAAAUGGCACUUGGGUCUGAACUGUGAGCACAACACCGAUCAUUGCCACCAUCCCAACACUCAUGGCUUCGAGCACUUCUACGGCAUCCCCAUGACCAACCUGCGUGACUGUCAGUCAGGCCAUGGCUCCAUCUUCUACAACGUCCGAAACCACAUUCCCUAUAAAGCUCUGAGCAUUGGCCUUGUCACCCUUCUCCUCCUCCACAUCAAAGGACUGGUCCUCAUAUCCCGCAGAUUCGCUCUGUGCCUGGGUGCGAUUCUGAUUAUGACUAUGGCUUUGUUUUUCCUGUGGGUUCUCACAUUUCCCUACUUCAACUGCUUCUUAAUGAGGGGAGGUGAAGUGGUGGAGCAGCCAUACGUGUCCGAGAAUCUCACGCAGAAGAUGACCAAUGAGGCCAUCGAGUUUCUGGAGAGGAAUUCCGAGAGACCCUUCCUUCUCUUCUUCUCCUACCUCCAAGUUCACACAGCGCUGUUCGCUUCUCCUCGCUUCCGCGGUAAAAGCCGGCAUGGCCUGUAUGGAGAUGCAGUCAUGGAGGUGGACUGGAGUGUAGGUCAGAUAAUGCAAACUCUGGAGCGGCUAAAGCUGAGGGAAAACACGCUGGUUUAUUUGACGUCAGAUCAAGGUCCGCACUUGGAGGAGAUCUCCAUCCAUGGCGAGGUGCACAGAGGUUACAACGGCAUAUAUAAAGGGGGGAAAUCAACCAAUUGGGAAGGAGGGAUUCGGGCGGGGAUCCUUCACUGGCCGGGAAGGCUGCCUAAAGGAAAGGUUAUCGAAGCGGUCACGAGUAACAUGGACCUCUUCCCCAGCGUGGUGAAAUUAGCUGGAGCUAGCAUACCCAGCGAUAGGGAGAUAGAUGGGCGUGACCUCAUGCCAUUGCUGCAGGGUCGAGUGCAGCGUUCAGAACAUGAAUUUCUGUUCCAUUACUGCAAUGCCUAUCUGAAUGCUGUGAGGUGGCACCCUGCUAACAGCACAUCAAUAUGGAAGGCUUUUUUCUUCACUCCUGAUUUCUACCCCGAAAACUCCACCGCCUGUUUCCACACUCACGCAUGCUUUUGCACCGAGGCCUACGUGACCCACCACGACCCUCCCCUGCUCUACGAUCUGUCGAAGGACCCGUCUGAGACGAAUGCUCUAACGCCAAAUUCAGAGCCCAACUUCAGCGCCAUUAUGGAGGUGAUAAUGGAGGCGGCGAGGAGGCACACGCAAAGCGUUAAAGCCACCGAGGACCAGCUCUCAGCCUUACACAAGACCUGGAAGCCCUGGCUCCAGCCGUGCUGCUCAUCCCUGCACCAGCUGUGCAUGUGUCAACGAGACCCGCAGACUGGGAUUGUGGAAAAUGCAGCAGAGGGGCACGGGGACUGAGAACAAGUCAGUAGGUGUAUAAUGACACCUACUUUAAAUGUUGGUGCUCUUUUAAAUCUUUGUAGGGUGGACACGAUGGGGAUCAGGGUGCAACCAGGUACAAUGAGUGCAGAUACAUUACUGAUUUUAAAUCUUUAAUUUCAAGUAGUUUAAUUUAUUACAAAGGCAAAAAGCUCCCAACAACAUACAAUACAGGCCUGAAUAAGUGAAAGGCCAACUUUUAUUUUUUUGCAUAGUUAGUUAUUUUCUUAAUAAAUAAGAUAAUAGCAGGAGCAGACAUCUCAUUUUAACCAUAAUCGCCACAGCGGAUCAUCCAAACCAAACAAAACAUAAUGUGCCUAUUAUCUAUAUUGUUAUCUGAUUAAUUGAUCCUUCCAAAUGAUGUAGGUUUGUGACUAGACAUACCUAAAUGGCUGUCACAAUGUAUUAUGUGGCUGUCGGCGCCAACUGGUGUGGACAGAUCUGCAUCCUGUAAAUCCCUGGCUGAAAAUAAGCCCCAUUGCAGCCCUCCACGGUUGUCAUGAGUGGAUGGAAAAAAGGCAACGCGUGUAAACGCAGGUAUUGGAAAGGCGCGACUUGAUUCGGUCAAAAUCUGUGAAAAUUAAUGGAACAAAUGGGCUUGGAUUUGUGCACCUUUGCAAAGAAACAAGGCAUCAAAUCCUGUCUCGUGAUUAGACGAAAAGCUUGAAGAAAAUGCAAUCAGGCUGGGUGAUGUGGAAAUCUAGGAUUGUAUGGCUAAAUAACUUGGGCUUGAUUGCAUUCCUUAGACAUGUAGAUCCCUAAAAAAAAAUUAUAAUAAUAAUUCUGCAACUACACCGAUCAGGCAUAACAUUAUGACCACCUGUCUAAUAUUGUGUUGUUCUCCUUUUGCUGCCAAAAUAGUCCAGACCCCUCAAGCAUUAUUGAGGCUACACAGACCAGUCUUCCCUUCCCAUGUGCAUCUAUAAACAAUAAAUGUGCCACCCAUGACCCUGUCUGUUCCUUCUUUGGACCACAUUUGAUAGAUACUGACCAUUGCAGACCGGGAACAGCCCACAAGAGCUGCAGUUUUGGAGAUGCUCUGACCCAGUCGUCUAGACAUCACCAUUUGGCCCUCGUCAAACUCACUUAAAUCCUUACACUUGCAUAUUUUCCUGCUUCUAACAACUUUGAGUAAAAAAUAUUCACUUCCUGCCUAAUCUAUCCCACCCACUAACAGGUGCCAUGAUGAAGAGAUAAUCAGUGUUAUAAUGUUAUACCUGAUCGGUGUAUGCUUUGUGAAAACCUGGCCAUACGACUAUACUCUGGAUGUGUGAAACUCUAAACCUUCUGCAGCAUUGCAGGCUCACCUAAUGAUAAAAUAACCUAGAAAGUUUGGAAGGGAACACUAAAUAUCACAUACUUCAAUCCCAUGGCUAGAAUUUAAUCCCAUAAUCCCAUGGCUGGACCUUUUAUAGAGGAGCUUGGAUGCUAAUAUUAAAAUCUCUUGGCUCGCUGUCCAGUGCUAGAACUUGUAUCCCAGUUUUGCUGCUCAUCUACUGCACUACUUCAGUCUCAGUGGGUGAAAGCAAGGGAACAUCACUCUUCUUUUGCAUUUGGAUGAUUACAUGAAAGGCACCUUUGGAAGCUUCAUUGAUUUUCUUUCUCCGGUGCAAAAGGUGCAAGCUUUUUCAUCACAGUUUGCCCAAACCUGGGUCUUUUUGCCAAAUGGUGCUUAACAGAGGUAUUAAAUCUGAUCUCUGUUCUAUCCCUUUUUUUUUUCUUUUUUAAACAAAUCUCAUGCAUUUAUUGCAAUCGUCAGUAAAAAUUUUUAUGGGUUUAUAGGUUUUAUGGGGUUUAUCCAGUUUUACACCAGAUACGCUGUAUUAGCGUUGCCUCAAGCAUUCCAUGAAGACUUCACUCGAUCCACGCUGGGCAUAUCUUCACUUAUUUGCUGAAGAAUGGACAACAAGGCACUUUUUGAUUUAGAUUUAUUUUAUUUUUUUUUAUGUUUGUGAUUUGAAUUCUCAUUCAAUUAACAGUUAGGAAUAUGAAACGACAUUUCCUGGCGAUUUUUGCUGUUAAACUGGUUGUACUGUUAAUUUCAAUAUGUACUGUAUUAAUACACAAACAGGGAUUUCUUGUUGUUAUUUAACAACAAAUGUAAACUUCUCAUAAUUUUUUUACGCUUUCAGUAAGGAGAUUUGGAAUCUGCAGUGUCUGCGCUUUAAGACUUUUUAGUGUUCAUGACGGGAUUUUGCGUGUUGUGCAUGUUUCUACAACAAGACAACGUCUUUUCUUUCUCUUCACAAAAAGUGGCAAGGAAAUGACACUUUGGGCAUCUAUAAGUUGGAUAACCAGUCCACUUUUGUGUAUUAUGAUUUUAAAAUAAAUUCUGAUUUUCAAACGUGUACACAAUUGCAUCCGAAAUAAAACACUAACAAUUCAAUUCA